AUGAGUCUCACUAGAGAGAAACCACAUCUGUGCUUUGAGUGUGACAAAAGCUUUACAUGUAAAUCAGCACUUCUCACACAUCAGAGGAGUCACACAGGAGAGAGACCAUUUACAUGUUCAGAAUGCAGCAAGUGUUUUUCCCUGAAGUCAAAUCUUGUUAUACAUCAGAGGAGUCACACAGGAGAGAAACCAUAUAAAUGCUCUGAAUGCAGCAAGUGUUUUUCCCUGAAUUCAGAUCUUAUUAAACAUCAAAGGAGUCACACAGGAGAGAAACCAUACAAAUGCUCUGAAUGCGGAAAGUGUUUUUCCAUUAAGUCAAAUUUUGUUACACACCAAAGGAGUCACACAGGAGAGAAACCAUAUAAAUGCUCUGAAUGCAGCAAGUGUUUUGCUCAAAGCUUUACAUGUAAAUCAGCACUUCUCACACAUCAGAGGAGUCACACAGGAGAGAGACCAUUUACAUGUUCAGAAUGCAGCAAGUGUUUUUCCCUGAAGUCAAAUCUUGUUAUACAUCAGAGGAGUCACACAGGAGAGAAACCAUAUAAAUGCUCUGAAUGCAGCAAGUGUUUUUCCCUGAAUUCAGAUCUUAUUAAACAUCAAAGGAGUCACACAGGAGAGAAACCACACAAAUGCUCUGAAUGCGGAAAGUGUUUUUCCAUUAAGUCAAAUUUUGUUACACACCAAAGGAGUCACACAGGAGAGAAACCAUAUAAAUGCUCUGAAUGCAGCAAGUGUUUUGCUCAAAGGUCACAUCUUGUUAUGCAUCAGAGGAGUCACACAGGAGAGAGACCAUAUAAAUGUUCUGAAUGCAGCAAAUUGUUUACCCAAAGGUCACAUCUUGUUAGCCAUCAGGGGUAUCACAUUAGAGGAACCAUAUAA